AUGAAGAAACUCUGUCGGAAAGGAACAGUCCAUCCAUCGCCGGCGUCAAAGCCAGACGACCAUUUCCUCUCUCUCCUCCCUGUCGCGAUCCUCUCUCUCGUCGCUGCGCUCUCGGCGGAGGACCGUGAAGUUCUUGCUUACCUCAUCUCGAAUUCCGGAGUCGGCUUCAAGAAGAACAAAGCCAACAACGAAGAUGAUCGUGAUCAUCACUCUCCUCUUUUCCUCUGCGAUUGCUUCAGCUGCUACACGAGUUAUUGGGUCAGAUGGGACUCGUCACCGAAUCGUAAACUCAUUCAUGAGAUCAUCGACGCUUUCGAAGAUAGUUUGGAGAUGAAGAAGAAGAAAAAAGAUCGGAGGAAACGAUCGGGAAAAGGUUCUGUUCGAGUUAACUCGGUUGGACCGAGUCGACUCAGUGAGUUGGGUUCGAGUUCGAGCGAGUUGGUUGGUGGUGACUCGGUACGUUGUGGUGGCGAAGAAACGGAGAAGGAGAAAGGAUCUGUUGGAAAAUUUGUGAGUUUUAUUGGUCAGAAAAUUUCUGGAGUUUGGGGCUAA